AUGAAAGAAGGUGAAAUGGCAAUACCUCAUUUAUUUAGAUGUCCAAUCAGCCUGGACUUGUUCACGGAUCCUGUCACUGUGUGUACGGGCCAAACCUACGACAGAUCGAGCAUACAAAAAUGGUUCGCCGCCGGUAAUCUCACGUGCCCCGUCACAAUGCAAAAGCUCCACGAUCCAUCUCUUGUUCCCAAUCAUAAUCUUCGUCAUCUGAUUCAACAAUGGCGCCAAAAAGGUCACCGAUCAGACGCUGAUUACUUUACGGCAAUUAAGAACUCCCUUGCGUCUGCUUCGGCUACCUUCCGAGACAAGCUACAAGCACUGCAAAAGAUCCGAGUCUUUACAGAUGAAACACCGUUUGCAAAUUCCUUUUUGAUCGAAUUGGGUUUCUUGCCUUUGCUUCUGCAACUGGUUUUCGAAAUGGUGGACCCUGAAUUCUCCCUAGAGUAUGUGAACUUGGUGGAUCAAGGCCUUGCUUGUGUUCUUAGAUUGCUUCCAUUUGGAGAAUUGGUGUGUUUGAAAAUGCUUAAAGAAGAAUCGAAUUUGGAAUCUUUUGUGGUUCUAUUUGAGCAUGGGAGUGUAAAAACGAAGCAAAGCUUGUGUCAUAUGGUAGGGUUGAUUUCAUCAUCAGCAGAAACCAGGGAGCUCUGUGCAAUGAUCGGAAAAAACCAGAGAUUGUUGAACAUGAUAAUCUGUGUUGUGAAGCAACAAAACAAUGAGAUGUCCGAGGCUGGAAUGAAAGCGAUUUCGGCAUUGUGUUGCUUGGAAUCAAACAGGGAAAACCUGGUCCAACAGGGCCUGAUCGAUGGCCUGGUGACGUUCAUUUUGAACUCGGAAAGAAAAGAAAGAAGCUUGGCGGCGAUGGCGAUGGAGAGAAUAGAGCAAGUGCUGGGGGACGAGAGUGCGAAAGAGGCGCUGAUAAAGAAUCCAAACGGCGUGAAAGCGAUGGUGAAGAUGGUGUUCAGGGUGUCGGAGCAGGAAGGGAGCGAAAGCGCGGUUAACUCGUUGAUGAAAGUGUGUGAGGAAUCAUUGGAAGCUAGGGAAAAAGCAAUAGUGGGUGGAGUUUUGACGCAGUUGCUGUUGCUUCUGCAGAGCCACUGUAGUGGUAGGACCAAAACAAAGGCCACUGCGUUGCUGAAACUGCUAUAAUCCAUGUGGGUCAAGCUGGUAUUUAA